AUGAAACUAAGUAAAACAAUUUGUGUCACAAUAUUUACUAGAAUUAGUAAUAAAAUUAGAUACUUUGGUGAUGAGAGCAAUCUGCAUGGAAUAGGACAUAUGUUAUCAAUGUCAUACAUACCAAUAUAUAAAAGAAUAUUUUGGUUAUUGGUACUGACAGGGAGUGCAUUUACAGCAUCAAGAAUUCUGGAGCCAAUAUUUAGCUUUUACUCUGGAGACGACGUGUCUUAUUUGGUUGACACGAAUUACAUAGAUUUUGACACUCCAUUCCCAGCUGUUACGGUGUGCCAACAUGCAGACACGGGGAAUAUAAAAAAAUACAUAAGCGAACAUCACCUUCCAAAAGCAAUGCUGGAUUUUUUCAAGGAAGUGAGCAUUUGGAAUAUUAGAUACUGCAGAACUUGCGCGUCGUGUAAAGUCAAUCAAACAUGUUUAGAAGAGUUUGUGGAUGUGGUGAAUACCGUCCGGUCCAAGUGCCCUGAUAUACUGUCAGAUUGCUGGUGGGAUGGCAAGCUAUUUCAAUGCUGUGAUCAAUUUCUUCCUAUCAUGACAGAGUAUGGCGUAUGUUUCGCAUUUAAUUCUCGUAUCGCGGGCAACGACACUGUACUAACAGUGAACAGGCGUAGUCAGCCAUCCCUGUUGCUUUCGGUCAAACAGAAAAUUGGGAUAAGGGUCCACUCACCUGAUGACAUGGUGUUCGUUGGAAUGGAAAAUGUGCUGGGUCAGCCUGUAGCCGUCCCUUUUGUGUCAGACUACGAAAUUAUAUUGAAGGCAGAAGAGACACUAAGCGAUCAAUCUGUAAGUUCCAUGUCUCGACCACCGCGCACGUGUCUUUACGAACAUGAAAAACCGUCUUUUGCCCACCAUUGGACCUUCACAAAAUAUACAUACGACAACUGCAGAUUUUAUUGCAGAGCAAUAGCUCAAGUCGAGCUGUGUAAUUGUACACAUCACUUUAUGCCAAGAUUAGGUGAUUACCCUAUGUGCGAUAUUCAAGGACUUUCAUGUCUCGGUAAACACAGAGAUUUCUUCAGCACUACAGUUUGUGAAUGUCCAAUGAAAUGUGAAGAGGUACUCUAUAAACUUAUACAUAUAUUUGAAACUGAACAGAAGAACACAGAAGAGAUGGUGGCGCGGGGAACUCGUGUGCGAGUGAAACUCGCUCAGCUCCCGUCUUUGCGAGUACAGCGAGUAGCUAUUAGGGCUACACUUGGAUUAGUCGUGGACUUCGGAGGGGUAAUAGGAGUGUUUUUUGGAGCAUCACUACUCAGUAUUAUAGAAAUUAUAUAUAUUCUAUGCAUAAGACGCGCACCUUCAAUUAAUUAA